CGAGAUUAUAACGUGAACUGGGCUGGUGUGUUUUCGCUUGGCACGCGGGUCAGAAGAUUCUGGAAGAAAGGCUUUCUGUGAGGCUGCCGCUUGUUGUCUUCAUUUAAGAUCAUCUGAAAGAGGCAACGAUGGUGAAAGAAACAGGCUUUUAUGACACACUUGGUGUGAAACCCAAUGCAACUCCAGAUGAACUUAAAAAAGCCUAUCGCAAAUUAGCCUUGAAGUAUCACCCUGACAAAAACCCUACUGAAGGGGAAAAGUUCAAACAGAUCUCGCAGGCAUACGAGGUUCUGUCAGAUGCCAAGAAGAGAGAGGUGUAUGACCGUGGAGGUGAAAAGGCUAUAAAAGAAGGAGGAACAGGCGGCGGCAGUGGUGGCGGUGGUUUCACAUCACCCAUGGAUAUCUUUGACCUAUUUUUUGGUGGAGGUAGUCGAAUGCACAGAGAACGAAAAGGAAAGAAUAUAGUUCAUCAAAUCACUGUGACCUUGGAAGAUCUUUACAACGGAGCAACAAGAAAACUUUCUGUACAGAAGAACUGCAUCUGUGAGAGAUGUGAAGGUCGUGGAAGUCGUAAAGGAGCUGCACAGAUGUGCAUGUCCUGCCAUGGCACGGGUGUGCAGGUACGCAUGCAUCAGUUGCUCCCAGGUAUGGUGCAGCAGGUUUCCACUGUGUGCCACAACUGUCAGGGACAAGGACAGAGAGUCAGCCAGAAGGACCGCUGCAAAACAUGCGCAGGACGCAAGAUCAUGCGACAGAAAAAGAUUCUGGAGGUUCACGUUGACAAAGGAAUGAAAGAUGGGCAGAAAAUAGUUUUUCAUGGUGAAGGGGACCAGGAGCCAGGGCUGGAACCAGGUGAUAUCAUAAUCGUCCUCGACCAGCAGGAACAUGCACUUUUCACCAGGAGAGGAGAAGACCUGCUCAUGUCGAUGGAGUUGCAGCUGGUUGAGGCUUUGUGUGGUUUUAAGAGGCCGGUUCAAACACUGGACAGCAGGACUCUCCUCGUUACGUCUCAUCCAGGGGAACUAAUCAGGCCUGGAGACACCAAGUGUGUCCUCAACGAGGGGAUGCCUAUGUAUCGCAGACCUUUUGAGAAGGGACGUCUUAUUAUUCACUUUUCGGUGGUGUUCCCACCAGCCAAUUUCCUCCCCAAGCACAAGCUGAAGGAGCUCGAGCGUUAUCUCCCCGGAAAGAUAGACACAGAGCAGACGGACAGCAUGGACGAGGACCUCUACAUCUACGCUGACCUGGAGGACUGUGACUUGGAGAGCAGAAGAAGACACAGACAUCAGUACUACUACAUGGACGAGGACGACUACGCCAGCACCGGGGGCGUUCAGUGCCACGCGUCUUAAACCCCAGCUUGAGACUCUGCCUUUUCCAAAAUCCCCCAUUUCUGAUGCAAUGCACCUUGUUGAAAGUUUGUGCACCUUUUCAUCCGGUAACUCUGUCUUAGUUUGAAAUUCCCCUCUAGCUCAGUCUUAAGAGUCCUGGCUCACACUUUUUUUUUUUUUUUUUCACCCAAUUGGUUUUGGACUCGGUGUUGGACUGCUCAUUCCUUAUGGGACCAUAUUUCAAUUCUUUCUUCUUCUUUUUUUCUGUAGCACUGUGGUUAAACAUGAGGGCUGAUAUCACAGUGUCUUUAAAAGAAAAGAAAAACUCUACUUGCAUUUACACUAAAACCGAUGCCAACAUUCAUUUUAAAA